GGAGUGGAGAAGAUACCAGUUGUUUACAAGUCCAAACAUAAACAAGGAGAGACUAGAAAAGUGAGACCAGACUCAGUUGUAGUAGGUGCUUGUUCUCUUCUCUAUCCUUGUCUGGAGCUUAAACCUUAGUUUUAGAACAGAACAACAACCAUAUAGAUAGAUAGAUCUAAGCAACAUUCUCAAGGGAGUGUGUUUCUUUCAUAAUGAGACCCUGCAAUGUUCUCUCUUCUCUCAUUCUUCUUCUCACAUUCCUUUUCACUUCAACCAACUCUGAAGAUCCAUAUAGGUACCUCACUUGGAAGAUCACCUAUGGUGACAUUUACCCUCUUGGUGUUAAGCAACAGGGGAUCUUGAUUAAUGGCCAGUUUCCGGGGCCUCAAAUAGAUGCUGUUACCAAUGAAAACUUGAUUAUCAGUGUCUAUAACUACCUCAGAGAACCGUUCCUCAUUUCAUGGAAUGGCUUACAGCACAGGAGAAACUCAUGGCAGGAUGGUGUGGAAGGCACAAACUGUCCAAUCCUACCUGGGAAGAACUUCACUUAUGCUCUCCAGGUUAAAGACCAGAUUGGUAGCUUUUUCUACUUCCCAUCACUUGGAAUGCAUAAAGCUGCUGGAGCAUUCGGCGGCAUCAGAAUUUGGAGUCGCCCGCGCAUUCCUGUCCCUUUUCCUCCUCCGACCGGGGAAUUUACUGUACUUGCUGGAGAUUGGUUCAAGAUGGACCACCAUAGACUGAGACGAGUCCUAGAGAAUGGUCAUAAUCUCCCCUUCCCUGAUGGCGUUCUUAUCAAUGGACGUGGUUGGAACGGAAACACGUUCACUGUAGAUCAAGGUAAGACUUACAGGUUCAGGAUAUCAAAUGUGGGGCUCACAUCAUCCAUCAACUUCAGAAUCCAAGGCCAUACCUUGAAACUUGUGGAGGUAGAAGGGUCUCAUACUAUCCAAAACUCAUAUACUUCCCUUGACAUCCACUUGGGACAGUCCUACUCUGUGCUUGUCACAGCUAAUCAGCCUGUGAAGGAUUACUACGUUGUUGUCUCCACAAGAUUCACCAGAAAGAUACUCACAACAACUUCAGUUCUUCAUUACAGCAACUCGCGCAAUGCGGUAUCUGGUCCAGUUCCUCAAGGUCCUACCGUUGGUAUUACUUCAUCUAUCUAUCAGGCCAUGAGUAUCCGGCGGAACCUGACGGCAAGUGGACCAAGACCAAACCCUCAGGGGUCUUACCACUAUGGAUUGAUCAAGCCUACAAGAACUAUCGUGCUUCAAAACUCUGCUCCUUAUAUCAAUGGCAAGCAGAGGUAUGCUGUCAACAGUGUCUCCUAUGUUGCACCAGACACGCCAUUGAAACUUGCUGAUUACUUCCAGAUUCCUGGAGUUUUCUAUGUUGGAAGCAUUCCUACAUUUCCUAAUGGGGGCAAUGCCUACCAACAAGCAUCUGUCAUGGGUGCUAAUUUCCAUGAAUAUGUUGAGAUCGUGUUCCAAAAUUGGGAGGAUUCAGUGCAGUCAUGGCAUAUCGACGGCUAUUCCUUCUUUGUAGUAGGAUUCGGUAGCGGGCAGUGGACUGAUAAUAGUAGAGCACGCUACAAUCUGAGAGACACUGUUGCUAGAUGCACCACUCAGGUAUACCCAAAGUCAUGGACAGCAAUCUACAUGGCUCUGGACAAUGUGGGAAUGUGGAAUAUAAGGUCUGAGAAUUGGGCAAGGCAGUAUUUGGGACAGCAGUUCUAUCUUCGGGUAUAUACACCUUCUAAAUCAAUUAGAGAUGAAUAUCCAGUCCCAAGGAAUGCUCUGCUAUGUGGCAGAGCAAGGGGUCGUCACACGAGGCCCAUGUAGUUUAGGAUCGAGUUUGGACAAAGGCUUAUUAGAGCUUAUCUACUAAAAAAAGCACUGAAUAAGCUGCAGUAAGUGCUAUUUGAUUCGUAUCUAAACAUGGUCAUACAUUGAUAGUAAGCAACUAAGCAUUUGUAGUAUCAUGUCACGAGAGGGUGGCAUUGACAUAUUGUUCUUAGUUCUUAGAGUAUCUCCCCCAGAAAUUCAUUUGCCAUGGAGGGCUCACCUUGAGCUCCGAGUUAGUGAUAUGUUUGUCUCAUUUUUUCAAAUGCAUGUGUAGCGAGUAUGAACUAUCAACAUUCAUCAUUAAUUUCAUGUAUUAAUAAGGUUAAUUGUUUCUAA